UUUUUUCUUUCCCCCCUUUUUAUUUCACUUUCAGAUCAUGCUACCUCAUUCACCACAUCUCUGCCUCUGCCCUGAGAUGUGGCUCUAGAUUAUAUGCAGGUAGAGGUAUUAUCAAAUCACCAAACUUUCCUGGCAAAUACCCCAGUGACAUCAGCUGUGAAUGGACACUCAUAUCCGAGGAUAAUGGUCAUGUGACUUUAACUUUUGAAGCAUUUGAGUUGGAAGAAAGUCCAGGAUGCUAUUAUGACUAUGUGGAGGUAUAUGAUGGUGAAAGUGCAAGAGAUGUUUUACUUGGUAAAUACUGUGGAACAAGUAAACCACAAACCAUCACUUCAACAUCUCAAAUGCUCUUUGUGAGGUUCAUCACAGAUUCAUCUAUAGAGAGACUAGGAUUCAGUGCCAAUUACAGCACAGGAUGCUCAAGGACAUUCUUUGGUCCAAGGGGUACCAUCAUAUCACCAAAAUACCCAGGAAACUACCUUGAUAAUCUUAACUGUGUCUUCAAGAUUGUGGUUGGUAGACACAAAGUGAUACGUCUAGGUUUUAGAACGUUCUCUGUGGAGGGGGGUACAGCAUAUUGUAGCUAUGACUAUCUGGAGAUCAGAGAUGGAUCAUCAUCAGAAUCAAAGUCAAUUGGGCGUUUUUGUGGUGAGGAGGAUCCUGGUGUCUUAGUAUCUACUGGUAACACCAUGAUGUUAAGGUUUGUCACCGAUGAAUCAGUCAAACGUCAAGGAUUCAUGCUAGAAUAUGAAGCUAUCGCCGUUGAUGCAUCAGCUACUGAUCCCUGUAUGAUAGACAAUGGAGGUUGUAGUGAAUACUGUCGUGUAGAUGGAUAUGGCAAUGCAGUAUGUGCAUGUCCAGAAGGGUAUGAACUGGAUGAAACUCAAAAAGGAUGUAUUGAUAUUGAUGAAUGUCUACUAAGUGAGAGUUGUCCACACAUCUGUGUAAAUCUUGAAGGUACCUAUCGAUGUGAAUGCAUCUUAGGUUUUGAGGUAUCUACCAAUGGAAAGGCUUGUGAUGAUGUGAAUGAGUGUUUGACUGAGAAUGGUGGUUGUUCACAAAGUUGUUUCAACACAAGAGGUUCUUUCUAUUGUGGUUGUACUGAACCUGGAUCUAUCCUUGGUCAUGAUGGACGCACUUGUUCACCAGAGACUAUAGGUUCAAGUUGCCGUGAAAAUAAUGGUGGCUGUGAGCAAGUUUGUCAUGAGAGACUUGGUGGUCACUACUGUUCAUGCCAUGCUGGUUAUAAUCUAGGAUCCAAUGGAGUCAAUUGUUCAGAUGUUGAUGAGUGUUUAAGACCUGCAUCAGAUUUCUCUACAUACAGCAAUCAUUGUAAUCAGAGAUGUAUUAAUACAGCAGGUAGCUACUAUUGUGACUGUCAUGAGGGAUUUGAACUUAGUCCAAAUGGCAGGGUCUGUAAAGAUAUUGAUGAGUGUGCUACUGAGCUGAGGUAUCAAUGUGAACAUGACUGCAUCAACUUUCCUGGUGGAUUUCGUUGUCAAUGUUUCCCUGGUUUCCGUGUCUUACCGAUGGCAUCAACCAUUCAAUGUGAAGAUAUCGAUGAGUGUGAAACUCAACCAGAUGAUUGCCAUGUUUGUACUAACUUUGAUGGAGGAUUUGAAUGUUCCUGUCGAGAUGGCUUCAUAACAAAUGACAAUGCUACGAGCUGUCUUGAUAUAAAUGAAUGUGAUAUCAACAAUGGUGGAUGUCAACACGUUUGUGUAAACCUCCCCGGUAGCCAUGAAUGUCGUUGUCGAUCAGGUUUCCAAGGGACGGAUCCUUCUAAUGUUAUCUGCGUUGAUAUUGAUGAAUGUGGAGCUGAUAGGUCUGGACCAUGUGAUCAUCUUUGUGCAAACAAUGAAGGCUCUUUCGAAUGUACUUGUCGUAGUGGGUUUUACUUGCGAGAGGAUAGACUGACAUGCAGCGACAUCAAUGAAUGUCAGGAUAACAAUGGUGGAUGCAGUCAACAAUGUAUCAAUACACCAGGUGGAUCAGAAUGCAGGUGCUUUGAUGGUUUCCGUUUGAGAAAUGGUGAGCUUCUUGACUCUGAUAUAUGUAUUGAUAUUGAUGAAUGUCAAGAGAAUACACAUGAGUGUGUAGCAGCUGAGGAAGCAAUAUGUGAGAAUACUCAAGGCAACUAUACAUGUAACUGCCCUAAUGGAUUCUUCACAUUUGAAUGGUUACAUUGUAGAGACAUAGAUGAAUGUAGUAAUUCAUCUCUCAAUACUUGUCAACAAGUGUGCAAUAAUUUACCAGGGAGUCAUUCUUGUUCUUGUGAGGAAGGUUACAUACAAGUCAACGAGUCUUAUUGCAAAGACAUCAAUGAGUGUGAUAUGGGACUAUGUGAUCACAAUGACCUGUGUGUUAAUACAGAUGGGAGCUUUACAUGUCGUUGUCAUGAUGGUUUCUAUCUGACAUCAGAUGGUUUGUCAUGUUCAGAUGUUGAUGAAUGCAAGGUUAAUAAUGGAGAAUGUCAACAGAUAUGUAUCAAUGAUAGAGGAGGACAUAGAUGUGACUGUGAAGAAGGCUAUGAACUCAAAAAGAAUGGCAGAUCAUGUAGAGACAAGAAUGAGUGUGAUACAGAGUAUGCUUGCUGUAAUCAACUACACAACUGUGUUAAUCUACCAGGCACUUACACAUGCAGCUGUGAUCCAGGCUUCUACAUGGAUGCUGAUAACUGUACUUGUUUAGAUAUAAAUGAAUGUGAAUUGAAUAAUGGUGGUUGUGAUCAUAUCUGUACUGACUAUCCAGGAGGAUACAAUUGUUCCUGUAAUGAGGGGUAUGAACCACAUCAUAUUGCAUCUAACAGGUGUAGAGAUAUAGAUGAAUGUGCUACGUUAAAUGGAGGAUGCGAUCAUUUCUGUUCAAAUUAUCCUGGUGGCUAUAAUUGUUCCUGUCAGGGCAAUUCCAAACUCAAUGUGGAUGAACAUACGUGUAGCCCUUGCCCAACAUGUGAAAACUUUGAAGAAUUACAAGGGAUGUUAAUGGACUUAAAGCUGAUGAUUGAAUCAAUGGAAAAGACUAUCACAGGACUCAGAAAAAACAACACACAACUUGAAAUGAGACUACGGAAAGUUGAGGACUGGCAAAGCGUGGAAUCAACCAAGAAACUUCCUGGCGAUAUAAAUGUUAUUAACUGAUCCUUAUCAUGUAAAUGUAUUUUCAUACCAACUGUGAACAUAGUGUAUAUAAAUCAUGUAUGAAUACUAUAAAUAUAUUUAAAGUGAGGAAUGUUUGUAUGAUGCAGGGUGAAGUGUGACUAUGUUGUUUUUGGACAUGUAUUAUGGUUCAGGGAGGUUAUAUUUUAAGAAAAUCAUUAUACAGAGUAAGUUAACCAUACAAAUCAUCACCUAACUGGCAGAAGGAUGUUAGGGUCUUACGUGUAUGUCAAUUUUCAUUCCUGUUGGUCAAGCAGAAGGACGUUAACCCUCAUGCACACUGUACAUUCACUUUGUGUGCACUUGAGCUGAUGCCCUUCUGCCAGAUAGGUGAAAUUACAAUGAAUAUGUUUAGUUUUAUUAUCAAACUAUGCAAUGAAAAACUGGAUGUAUACAAAAAAUGGGAAACACAAAUAUUAGUUAUGAGAAGAUUACUAAGUAAGUGAUGAUCAAAUUAUAUCACUUCUAAGUACAACUUUAGUAACAAAAAAAAAGUAUGUUGAGUAGAUUUCUAUUACCAUGCGUGACUGAACACUACUAUUUGAGAAAAGACCAGUGCAGAUGAGCAGUUGGUUCUCUUUCAAUGCAUGUAGAAUGGGAAUUAUUUUCAGGACCUAAGAACAUUUCUUCAAUAAAAAAAAUGUUUUUGUGUUAGAAUUGAAGCUUCUCAAUGUUUUGUUUUAAAGUACAAAACUCUUCGAAAAAACAUAUUAUGAAAUACUAAGAGGGGUUUAAACUCCUUAUGUUUUUAUUAUAUUACAGGUGCAUACAUGAAUGUUCAUUUUGUCAUAUUUUAAGUAAGGUGUUCAUUGGGGCAUCAUCCUAUACACUAAAUUGAGGUAUCAUGCCAAUAAAUUUUACUUUCAAGUAAUAUUUAUUUGUUGUGAGAUUUGUCACUAACUUCAUAUUUUUUUAAUCAAAAUAUAGUAUGGAACUUUGGGUUUCCAUUUAUACACCCAUUCGAUGCUUUUCUCUCUUGAUGUAUUUUCAGUGUGAUCCAGACAGAAACAUAUUUCAAACAUAUUGAGUGAAUAAUCUUCUUUAUUAUUUUACUUUUCUUUAAAUCAUUUUCUCAAGGUAAUUUUUUUUUAAACUAAAUUUUUCUACUGAUUUCCAAAUCUUAAGAAUUUUAUUGAUCCCUUCCGUUUACAACAUAUUGAUUUAACUUCUCUAGCACACUCAGUGCUGGAAAUGGUGUUUGGGUAAUUUGCUCCUUAAUUAGAAGAGAUUAUUGCUAUGUAAAUACCCAUUAUAAUCAUUAUUGUAAUUACUAUGUUAAAUAGUAAUUAUUAUAAUAAAAGAAAUACCAUCUUUAAUAUCUUUUUCAUUAUUAUUGUAUUAAUUGUAAGAUUAAAGUAUUUUUAUUGUAUUUUUUCAACAUGAAAAUUCAAGGUUGUAAUAAUCGUAAUCCGAUCAAGAAUGUGAGAAGUUUUAUCACUCAAAAAGUGAUCUUAUGGUUAAGGACCCUAACCAAAGCAAAAAUUGAUAUUUACAAAUAGACCAAUCAAAAUCAUAUAAACUACAAAGUUCAACAAUGCCAGUUUUAUACAUUUCACCACUUGCCAGCUGAGUAUUUGAUCAAAUUCGUGGGGUUCAGAAAUGUAUUUUAUUGAUCUUAUCACCAACCUGAAGUCUGUGACAUUCUAUUUCAAGUGGGCUGAGAAUACCUAAGUUGGCCCUUGCAAAAACUACACAAUUUUUUUCUCCCUAUAUUAGCACAUAGAAAUGUCAUAGAAGGCAUUUUCAGCAUGCUUGAAUGAAUAAUAUAACCUAAUAUUAGAUAGCCAAGACAGAUAGCCAAGCGCGAUUGGUCCAUAGCGCGUCACGUGAUAUGAUCGAAAUCAAUG